AUGUCAAUUAUACAGAUAGAAGAACUUGUAUUGCACCAGCUACGUAGCAAAUACUUAGAACUAAUUCCUGACGGUGUUGGUGAGAGAUUGAUCACCCUCGAUGAUGCUGCACUUGGAAUUGCCAAAAUCAGAACUCCUGGAUGGCGACAGACAGGAGCUCUCAAGAAGCGAACACACUCCCCACCAAUCCCCACCGCUGUAGCUUCUGAAUAUUUUCAAGGGCCGCCGCGAUCUGCUGUCUUUCAGCAUCACAGCUUGGAUGAAAAUUCCGAGGAGCGAAUUUUAGUCCCGGAUGGUAUAAAAAGUGAUAUUGUAGGACUCGGAACUGCGAUAAAGAGAAGACGUAGACGUGAACAGAUGGAGGAAGAAGACAGCAGUGAUUUAAGUGAUGAAAGUGACGAUGAUGUAGACCGACGCUCUAGUCAACAAAUAAAAUUCUCGAAAAUGCCGAUACGAAAUCGCUCAGGCUCGUCCCCAAUUAGGGGAUCAAAUCUAAGGCGCCUAUCGAUAAUGCACUCACCAAUUCCAACGCCUGCUAGCCAAUCACGAAGAGGAUCACAGUCUGCCCUAGAGAUUUUAAAAGCGCGAGCUCGAGCAAAUACCAAUACCAGCGGUGAGGUAUCAUCCGACAAUGAGUCUGAUCUAUCGACAAUUCAGAUUCAGAGGGAUGCAGCCCUUAAUUUAAUCAGAGAGGAUAGAGAGGCUCUCAGGCAAUCAUCAGAUUCUGAAUCUAGACUAAGGAGGCGGAUAAGUGCCCUGGAUAAAGAAGCUGAUGAAGAGGAUUCUUACGAAUCUGGCUUAGACUCAGACUUUGUUGGUAGUCUGGAUUCUCAUUCGAUUAUGCAUGGCAUUGAAAGUCCUGUCAAUGCAUCAUCCGAAAAUUUGACCGAAACAAAUCCGAGAUCAAUAGAUAAAUCCUCUUCGAAGCAGCACAAAACAGACCCAGAGGUUCUCACAGCCCUACCGCCCGCUAGGCCCAUCAGUACUAUACAGCCCAAAAGUUUGCUUUCGGCCGCCAUUAAAGCCAGAAAAAAUAAGUUUACUCUGCCUUUUGAAUCGUUUGCUUCUCUCUCUGGACAAGGCGAAUCAAAUCCAUUAAAUCUCCGUAUUUGGACACUUUUUGUAACAUCAUCUACGAAGUCUUUUGAGGUUUUACUUAAACGCCGUGUACAUGAUAGUGAUGCUACCGAUCGACAAGUGACUGUCGCAGAUUUGAUUGGUCUAAGUCUGUGGCGAUACGCUCAGGAUAAGCUUGAACCUCUACUACCUGCGGAAAAGUUAAAUAUUAAUCGAUGGACUUUACGAAUGGUAGAAGAUGAAGAGGUAGAUUAUGAUUUCCCUGCUCUCGACCGCACCAAGCCAGUGGUCGCGUUUUCUAUGGCUAACAAUAGAGCUGCUCGAUCAAGAUCUGGUGCUAAGCUCUUUGAUGAGUUUGCGCUUGUGGAGGCCACAGAAGAUCAAUUUUUAGAAAAUCAAGUAAUUACGUCGCAGUUUAGACAAGAGCCUAUGCUCCAGUCAGAUGAUCUCACUCCAAAUCAGCCUAAGCCACUUCCUCAACCAGGAACUUCCUUCACUUCGAUUACCAGCAUUCAACCACGCUACAAUCCAGUCCUAACUCCUAUGGUUAUGAGAAGCAAUGGAAUACCCGCCGACGCUCCUUCAGUCGGUACUGCUGUCACACCUUCAUCUACAAGAGGUGGAGUUCAAAAGCUUCUUCGUAUCCACAUUCAUUCAGCAGAUGCAGCUCCCGGUCAAUUAAUCACUCUAGAAGUCACAUCUGAUACUUAUCUUGCUGAUAUUCUCGAUCUAGUUUGCAAAAGAAGACAACUAGAUAAAGCAGCUCAUGUUCUCAAGUUAACUGGCUCGGGUACUGUUGUUCUAUUGGACCGUACUGUCGAAUCGAUUGGAAAUCGUGUAGAUCUAGAUUUGUUUCGUCGUAGAUUUGCAACAGAUGGGAUUCUAACAAUGACUGGAUCGCCAAGCAGUAGCUCACCAAAAAUUUCUAUGACAGUGGAUCGUCCUGAGUCUCGAAAGGUUAAAAAGGGCAACCUAAUGAGCACCCAUCCCCUUGCACUAAAUUCAAUGAAACAGGAUGAACUUGGAAGUGCUAAUUACAGGAAAUAUACUGUUUGGCGGAAGCAACCUAUGCGUUUCGUUGGAAUGAAUGAGAGACUUCUGGCGAUUGACGGCGAAUACCUACAUAUUAUGCCGGCCUCGACAGGAAAAACAUUGUUCGAAGGGCAAGGAAAAACGACAACCGUGCACUUCAGCAAUAUAGUUGGAUGCAAAGUUACUCGAAGGCAUCCUACUAAUUUUAAGGUUGUUAUUUACAAAACCACCGAAACAAAACGUUAUGAUUUUGAGGCAAAGAGCGCCGAAGAAGCAGCUGAAAUCGUAUUUGAAAUCAAAAAAGGUAUCUCGCCGUAUCAUGAUGUUUAA